AAGACAAAACCGUGGAUCUAUCUCAUCUCAUCCCACCAUCUCUCUUUCUCUCUCUAAAAAUAUGAACAGAAAAUAAUACUGAACAAAGCUACAAGGUGAAGAAGAAGCUUUCUCUCUCUUACCUCCAAAGGGGAAAGAAGAAAAAUAAAAAUUGGAUUUUUAGGGUUUUCUUCUUUUCUUUCUAUUUGUUCUCUCUCACUUUCUUUCUAAGCAAACAGCAUGCAAUAUCAUCCUUCAGAUCUGUCCCAUACCCACUUCUCCAACAUAUUAAUCUAAGCUUCUUCUUCUUCUUCUUCUCUCUCUCUCUCUCUCUCUUUCUUCUUUCUCUUUUUCUCUCUCUACAGUUGAUCUGAGCAAUACCCACUUAGCCGUUUCUCCCUUUCUCUUUCUAGAAAUGUCUUCCAUGCGCCCAGAUCUGACUUGCAGAGUAUACCCAGAGCCAGAUUCCAUGGACAUCGACCACCUUGAUCGCCUCCCCGACUCGGUCCUUCUUCUCGUCUUCAACAAGAUCGGAGAUGUCAAAGCUCUAGGUCGGUGCUGCGUCGUUUCGCGUCGUUUUCACACGCUCGUUCCUCAGGUUGAAAACGUCGUCGUUCGUGUCGACUGCGUUAUCUCCGACGAUGAUUCCUCCUCCGCCUCCUCCUCCUCGGAUAAGUCCCGUGGCCCUUUCUCUAACCUCUUCCGGUUCGUCUUUGGCGGCAUUGUAAAGCCCCUUCAAGCUCUUAGCCAGUUUCUCGGCCCCAAAAGAGCUUCAUCUUCUUCCUCUUCGUCUUCUGCUUUCGGUUCUGGUUCAGGUUUUGGCUCGCUGGCCGUCGGUACCGAAGACGACGGUAGUGAGGUUGAUCAAGCCGGCGUGACCCACCACUCGCCGACUCAGGUUUUAAAGAAUUUUAACGAGAUUCGGUUUCUGAGGAUCGAGCUUCCCAGUGGAGAGUUGGGUAUAGACGACGGCGUUUUGUUGAAAUGGAGAGCUGAUUUCGGUUCUACUCUCGAUAAUUGCGUGAUUCUGGGUGCAUCGUCGGUGAUUUCGCCGGGAUCGAUCAAGGCCGCGAUUGGUCAGGAUAAUGGGACUGAUGGGGUUUGCUCAAAUAAUGGCGCUGCAGUCGGCGGUGGGGACGAUAAUGGAAGCAUACCCGAUUCGUUUUACACUAACGGUGGUCUGAAAUUGAGAGUGGUUUGGACGAUUAGCUCCCUGAUUGCAGCUUCGGCGAGGCAUUACUUGCUCCAACCUAUAAUCUCCGAGCACAAGACGUUGGACAAUUUGGUCCUGACCGACGCGGAUGGUCAAGGAGUGUUGUGCAUGAACAGGGAUCAGCUCGAGGAGUUGAGGGUGAAGCCAUUGUCGGCGUCUUCGGCCUCCAAGAGGACGCUCGUACCGGCUCUUAACAUGAGACUUUGGUACGCGCCUCACUUGGAAUUGCCGGACGGUGUCAUUUUGAAAGGCGCCACCUUGGUCGCCAUUCGGCCGAGCGAGCAAUCGGCGGCCAAGAAGGAGGUCUCUGAUGGGUCUUGGGUCUCGUCGGCGUUUGAGGAGCCCUUUGGAACGGCGGCCAAGAUGCUGGUCAAGAGGCGCACUUACUGCCUUGAGAUGAACUCCUUCUGAUGACAUUAAUGGUGAUCUGAGGUAAAGCAAAAAUGGAUAGAAGGAGAAGAGGGGAUAAGGGGGAAGAGUGUAUUUCUGAUACGGGAGAACCACUGAACAAUUUUGUCAUUGUUCCACUUGAAGAUAAAAUCUUGGUUGGACAGGCAGGAAAGAAAAGAAAUAAAAAAGGAAGAAGAGGCCGCCGUCCUUUCUUUUCAUAAAAAAAAUCCUUCGCUAUAUGAUGUGCUUGAACUAGAAGAGUCGAAGAAAUGCAUCUGCUGGUUGUUUUUAUUUCAGGCAUAUGCUCGUAAGAGUUCACACACGCACGCAUCAACGCAGCUAAAAGGGUUGAUCUUUGUUAGUUAGAGCUUUGAAGUUUGUAGUCACCUACUUCUAUCUAUAUCUUCAUCUUCAUCUCUCUGUAUUGUGAAUAUUGUAGGCAUGACUAUGCUAUUUGCUUAUGUGUUAUAUAAUAUAUAUAUAUAUGUUAAAGUUCAUUUCAGUCAAUACUAAAAGCAUUUUCUUUUACUA